AUGGUCGAUCCACGGUCGGUAGAGUUAGUCGGAUCGCUACCACCAACCGUAUUUAUUGAAGCCUUGCACCUUCUCUCCCCGGCCAACUUUGUCAUACCAUACCGAGAUCUUCACCAUACACUGCACGGGUGGGGUGUGUUAAUGGAUGGGCUCAAAACCUUGGAAGCGGUCUUCGACGACUUUACAAGGGACUUGCUCAUGAUUAUCCAAUACAGAUCCGCGGCUGGAUAUCCACCUCAACUAGCCGAGUAUACUCAUCUGCUUGACUGUGCACAGGCGAUGGGAAAUGGGCCUCUAGUCAACGCGCUUUGGGAUGGGAUGUAUACCAACGGCGUCACUCCCGACACAGCGUGUUAUAACCACUAUAUGUCAGGACGGAUCUGGGACCAUGGUUACGUGGGAAAAGAAGCAUACAAUACUCGCAUCACCCCUUAUAGCUACAAAAAGCGGCGCAUGGUAGAUCCGAGUCCUGGAUAUCGUGGCUACGCAACGGCGUGGAAUAGUGUCAAAGGAACUGUGCUGGAUAUAUUCAGUCAAAUGAGCCAGGACGGGCUGAGUGGGGAUGUGCAGACAUACAUCAAUGUCCUCCUCGCAUCCGCCCGAGUUGGCGACACGGAAGCUACCAAGAACAUCCUCAAGACUGUAUGGAACGUCGAUGUUGAGGCCAUCUUAGCUGAAAAUGAUAACUCAGUGCUGCCACCGGUUACACCCUAUGAGACUUGGUCCGGUCUGUACCCGACAGAGGGUCUUCUUUUCGCCGUUGCCCAUGCCUUUGGCACGACCAACGACAUGCACGCCGCCAUUAGAACGGUCGAAUUCAUAGCUUCCUCGUACAACAUCACCAUUUCGGGCAAGGUCUGGUCCGAGUUGCUUGAAAGGACAUUCACUCUCUCCAAAGAACACAGGCGGAGACAGGCAGAAGAUGGGCGAAUAGGCCAAGUCCCGAGAGACAUGGUCCGUGAUGUUUUCCAGGUAUUGACGAUGGAGUACAAUGUUCCUGCGACUCUGCAAAUGUACCGAUAUAUGACCCAAACCAACAAGAUUGAUGGUGAUUUGGAGGCUUGCAAAAGAGACAUGCGUAAGGCAUAUGAUGUCUUGAGCCAAACGAGGGAAAAAAGAAAGGAAGCGAGAGACGCCGUUAUGAAAUGUUUACAACGAGUCUUGGACAGUAUGAGACCGCCGGCGAAGGUUCGGAGGAAAUGGCAGGAUCAAAUCAAGCACCAACGAGAGAAUGGCAUGGAACCAGACCUGUCACUAUUUCACUGCCCCUUGCUCGCCGAGGCCAUCAACGCAUACGAUCUCCUCCGGCUCGAAGUCUACCAACAGAUUUAUCAAAUGCAGCGCAUAGCCUAUUCAAUGAUCAUCACAAAACGAUGGAGUGACAUAUCGCCCAAAGCCUGGGAGCUCCAAGAACGACCCAAGCUACUGGAAGAGUGGAAAGACUUUCUGCCAGAGCGUAAUAGCUACGAAUAUAGAGAUGGCGAGGCUGGGACAGUCGAUUUCCAAGGUCGAACGACUGCCAAAAGCACCCACAUGAGCCAGCAUGGCCGCAUUCAUGUCCGGCGGAUACCAGAUGGGUCGGAACUGUUCCGUCCUGUUGAGCCCAAGGUCCUCGAUGAUAGGAUAUUCUGGGAAAUCCUGCUUUAUGAGUACCCCCAGCUAGACCCGUCCAUUUGGCCGCUCAGUCGCAUCUACACCUUCCAGAUGAAGCACAGCAAAGAAUUAAAGGAAAAGCUCAGCAGACUCAAGACGCGGGUUGAUUACCCAGAAGAUCAUCAUUUGUCGCAGACGAAUAAUCCUAGUGCCGGAUUUUAUGGUCGCAUUCAUGCGCUGGGCUUUGAUGCCAAACCCCAGAAUUCUAUAUUCUGGCGAGAUGGCAAUCCUUUUUGUUGA